AUGGGUUGUGAUGGUGGAACUAUUCCGCGUCGUGAUGAACUUGUCCGCUUAAAAAAGAAACCAGAACAGAAAGACAAAGAUGCUGAACGCUCUUUCAAGUGGCGUAAUUGUGCAUUAUCUCAGCAACCAUUACAAGAACCGGUAGCCGCAUGUGGCCUUGGAAGAUUGUACAGCAAAAGUUCAGUUUUAGAAACUCUCCUGGAUAAAGAAAGCAAGCCAGAAUCAAUAAGCCACAUUAAAAAUCUGAAGGAUAUAAGGGAUCUAAAUCUUACAAAGAAUCCGGCAUACAAACAAACAGAACAUACUGAUGGUGCAGUGGGUGAUGGCAGUGCUCCUUACAUAUGCCCCAUAAGUGGUUUAGAGAUGACAGGAAAGUUUCGAUUCAUAUUCUUAUGGAGCUGUGGCUGUGUGCUAGCUGAAAGAGCAUUAAAGGAAGUGAAACAGAACCUUUGUCAUAUGUGUCAGAAUCCUUUCACUGAUAAUGAUGUAGUGGUUCUCAAUGGAAAUGAGGAAGAUAUUGAAAAACUCAACGAACAGAUGUCAAUACGAGUCUCUAACAGAAAGACAAAAAAAUCAAAAACUGCUAAGAAAGAAAAAGUUGAAAUAAAAACAGAGGAACCUUCAACAUCCCAAGAACCUCAACCUUGCAGUAGUCAAGUUAAAAAGGAAGAUGAUAAGAGUCAACUGAAAAAAGAAAUCUCAGAUACCAUACCACUAACAUUGCCAAAAUUUAAUCCAAAUAAACAAGCAAGAGGACAUUUUGGAUCAUUCAAAAGGGCUCAUCCAAAUGCAUUGCAGCAAGAUCCAUCCUAUAAAAAGACAAAGAAAGAAUACAGUAUAGCAAAAGAUCCUCAAACAAGUGAAGUCUAUAAAUCAUUAUUUACAACACACAAAAGUGAAGAAGACCAGAAAAGAGCUCACUGGGUUACAUACAAUCCAUUCUAUAAUUAA